CAGGACACGGGUCGAUGGAUUUGAAAACGCGAUGUCGUACUCAGUUAGCUUGACUUACACCGUCAGUAUAAGCAAUGUUGUCGCAUAUGUGGAUAAUGUUGGUGUGAGUUGCUCUCAGUACCUGAAAUAUGAAUGCCGUGAUUCGACCCUUCGACAAUAUGGCGGAUGGUAUGACCGCGAUGGAAAUAUCGCGACAUUCUGGGCUGGCGGAACACCAGGUGGUGCUUCAUAUAACUGUGCAUGUUCAAGAGAUGGAUCCUGUGCAGACCCUUCAGAUCAUUGCAAUUGUGACGCAAAUGACAACGUUUGGAGAUCGGACGAAGGAUAUAUCACACAGUCAAGUUACCUGCCGAUAACUAUUGUAAAAUUUGGAGAUACCGGCGACUCUGACGAAGAAGGCUAUCACACAGUAGGACCACUGGUCUGCCAAGGAUAAAUAUUUAA